GGGGCCGCGGCCCGGCGGCCCCCCCCCUGACCUUACCCCUGCGGGAACGCCCUGCGCGCCCGGCUCCAUAUCUCCCUCUCGGUGCCCGAUGGCGUCGGAGGCGCCCGUGGGCGCCGCGGCCCCGCCCUCGGCAUGGAGGCUCGCACUCUUGGCUGGCGUGUUCUUCACGGGCAUGACCCUGAUGGAGAUCGUCCUGGAGGGGGCGACGCGCCGCUUCUCCCACGCGGAGACCGUCGGCCUGCUCCUCACGCUGGCCCAGUUCUCGGGGUGCACGGUGCUGGCGGUGCUGGGCGGCGGCGCCAGCGGUGCCGUGCAGGGCCCGGCGGCCCCCGAGGGCCCAGCGGCAGCGGCCCGCGGCUGGCUGCCGUUCGUGGGCCUGUCCUGCCUGGUCUGGUGCGGGACCGGGCUGGCGAACGUGGCCGUGUCCUGGGUGCAGUACCCUGUGAAGGUGGUCUUCAAGUCCUCGAAACUGAUACCGACCAUGGGCGUCUCGGUGCUGAUGGGCAACAGUCGCACCUUCGGCGCCCUGGAUUACCUCGCGGCUGUCCUCCUCUGUGCCGGUGCAGCGGGCUUCUCUUUCCACGCAGGCAAGAUUGGCGAGUCAUCCCAGCUGGUGUUGCUCGGCAUCGCUCUGCUGACGUGCACCAUGUUCUGCGACGCCGUCAGCGCGAACGCCCAGCAGAGGCUCAUGCAGAGGACUGGGGUGCCGCCGAUGGUCAUGAUGUUGCGGCUGAACCUCUGCGGGGUGCUGGUCUCGCUGGGGAUCCUCGCCGCCUCGGGCCAGGCGGGCGUGGCCGCGAGGCUGCUGGCCGCGGAGCCGCUGGUCCUGGCGUACAGCCCGGGGGGUUGCUGGGAGUCCGGGGGGUCCGCAGAGGCCUGGCCCGCCCCCCCCUCGCGAGGGCGCCCAGGCGCUGCCUGAGAGGACGGCCAGGCACGCCUAGGCGUGGCUGGCCUGGGCGGGGGCUGGGCACUUGUCGGUCGUGGCGAGGGG